UGCUCUCGCCGCUGUUGUAGUGCAGGUACCGCUCCGUCCGCCGGCCGUGUCGUGAGCCACGCUGCCGGUCCCGAUCUCUGGAUAAAGCGAUUACAACAUGACAACAGCCCACAGGCCCACGUGGGCUCCGGCCCAAGCUGCUGCUUCCGAUGUCGGAAACUGGUCCACUGGGGGGCAAGCAAGUCAGGCUGUUUCUGCGCACGAUUUGCCAAGCCAGACUACUCUAAAAUUCAGGAAGACAGGCCAAAACAGCGAGGCUGAACUUCGAAAGCGGGAUGUCCGCGCCGAGGUCGAAGACAGCGAACGCCGAGCACUGGACGAGAAACCUGCUACAAUCGCUCGACGUUACGACGAGGGAGGAGCCGGUCGAGGUAGGGAUCGUCUACAGCUCCUGUUGAAAGAGCAGGGCGACGUGAAUUUGGACGACGUGAAGAAGUACGACGACGAAGACGAUGCUGACAGCGGUGAUGAUCUUGACAGCAGCGACUCGGACGACGACUCAGACGAUGACGAAGAAGCGCUGGAGAAGGAGCUGGAGAAGAUCAGGAAGGAGCGCGAAGAAGCUCGCAAAAAGAAGGAGCGCGAAGAAGCUGAAGAUGAAGAAAAAAGAAAGCAGGAAGCAGCCAUGACGGGGAACAUUCUACUCACUCAGAGCAACAGCAGUUCACAAGUCAAGCGAAGAUGGAACGACGACGUGGUCUUCAAAGGGCAAGCAAGGACCGAGCCAGAGACAAAGAAGAGAUUUGUGAACGAUACCAUCCGUAAUGAUUUCCACCGCCGCUUCCUCACGAAGUAUAUCAAAUAGGAAAUUGCUCUGCGUUUGUUUUUUAGGGUCAUGUUUAUCCUCACAUAGUUCGCAACGGUGAGCUCGCUGGUGGAGGUGGGUUUGGGUGGAGGACUAAAAGUUCGUAGCUGUAUGUAGGUUUUGUGACGAAGAGCAGUAAACGGUGUCACCGGCAUUGGCGUCGCUACUGAGCCAGUGACCAAACUUCGGGUGGCAUUGUGAUGGCACACUCAUCAGCUUUCGGGGCUCAUUUGAAAGGAUAUGAACCAGGAGAGAGGGAGGAAUUGAGAGGUAAAAAGGGUUUGGACAACGCUGUAUCGGACACAACGCGGCGGCCUAAAAAGAGCCGGUCUACGCAUGGACACAAGCCCGAAUGAAUCGGCGAGAUCUGAGUGCGGGAGCAGUUAAAUUGCAGCUUUAGGACACAGCGAGAUCUGAGCGCCGUUUGAUUGCUUGCACAUGUAGGGCACUCCGGAUCCAACUGCCAGCACGCUCAAUUCCGUUCAGGCACGCCACUUGUACUGGCCGUCAGCACUUGCGACAUCAAAUAAAACGUAGAUGCUCACUUUCGGGGACUUGAGUCCCCUCGGGUUGGCUUCCUGACCAACUGACCAAAAAGGAUUGGCUCCUG